AUGGAUUCGGAUUGUAGCUAUCACUACACGGACAAUUUCCUCAUCGAACCAUACGAGGAGGAGUUGAAGGAAGAGAAGAGGCGCCGCAAGGAAAUGGAGAAGAUGAAGCAGCAUUGGGACAUGGUUGGAUUCGUCGCCGACGGCCGAUAUGGGAUUCCGAGAAGAUGCCCAUGUGGUGGAUCUAUCAAGCACGAUGUAUCUCCUUCUCCAAAAUUUAAACACGAUUUCGGUACUCAACCAGGCAGUAGGUACUUCACCUGCACCAAAUUUAAGGAUGAUGGACUCCACUUUCGUCAGCCAUGGGUUUUCGGAGUCGAACAAGAGAUUGAGAAGCUAGUUAUGAAAGUUGAAGAGCAGAGCAAGAGGAUUUAAAAAAUGCGAAAACAGAUUCAGAUCUAAGCCGAAGAGAUAGCGAAGCUCAAGACUUAACGAAUCUGCAAUUUCCUUUAUUGUUGUUUUAAUUGUUGUUUUAAUUGUUGUUCAAGACUAACGUUUCCUUGCACUUCAAUGUUUUUUCAAUGUUUUAUAACUAUUUUUAGUGUUU